AUGAACGACAGAGUUUCUAUUAAAAGCACAGGCUCACCUCCCACUCCUCCUUACAUGAAUCUGGUGGAUAUCUGUGGCCAAACAAUCCAAAGAGAUGGAAUGAUCAUCAAUUCACACCAGGGAUCCAAGAAGCACUACUUUGUGACCACAGGGACCGACUGUCACCUCACCAUGCUGGCCAGCUCGCCUAAAGAAAAGGUCCAAUUCUACUUUCGUUUCUUCCUGGUCUACAGCUUACUCAGAGUUGCUCCACUAAACCCCGCCCCUCUCAUCCAAGAGUCCUCACAUGGCUCCGCCUCUCUCAACUUGAAACUCCAGCCCACCUCUAGUUCAAGCCCAGACGAUCCUUGUUUCGCCGGAUCCUAUCUUCAGUUCUAUGAUGGCAGAGACAUGCGCUCGCCACCUCUUGGGCCUCCUCUUUGUGGGAAGACUCCUCCCAAGCCAGUGCUGUCUACAGGACAAUAUCUGACCCUGAGGCUGGUGACACGGGGAACCCAGCCCAGGGUUGAUUUUGUUGGAGACUUCACCUCUUUGAGACUGGGUUUCAGCUGCCGUCACCGCAGCGACGGGGACGCGCAGCCAGGACAGGAAAGGAUUGAGAGGCAUCGGGGUCGCGCUUGUCGUGCUGCUCUGCCAGGUUCAGCAUUAUGGGGGAUCCUGGACCCCGAGGCGAAGGGGACCCUCACCGUCUGCGCCGUCCGUCGUCUGUUCAUCCAUAACCGGACAGUAAGCGACCUGCAGCGGGGGGGGGGGGCGGUGUUUCAUCACAGCUGCUGGGAGCUUAACCAGUAG